AAGCUACAAAAAGCCUUUUAAACUUAUUCACAUUAAUAUGUCCCCAUUUCACUCUGUCCCAAACUCUGUUUUCUCUCUUUCCCUUCUGCUCUGUUUCUUAGUAGUAAACACAUCUUCUUUCUUAUCAUAACUAAAAAAACAACAACAUGGAAUUGGAUGAAUUACGUUCAAUCUUGAAGAAUUCAAGUGUGGACUUAUGGAGUUUAAUUGACACAGCCAUUUCUGUAGCCAUUCUUGAUCAUGGAAAUGAGCUUCGCAGUCGAAGAGACGCCAUUGUUGAGAAACUCUACGCUCCUCUGCUUUCUAACAAUUCUAAUUCUGAUAGAAAUUAUGAAAUCCCAAAAAAAAUUGAGAGAAAUAUUGAUGAUGAUCAUAAGUUUAAAAUAGAGGAAAAAAGUAAUGAAGAAGAUGUAGAGAUCAGCAAAAUCCUCAGAAUCAAGAACCAUUUUGAAAUCCCAAAUCAGUCUGAGAAUUGCUUGGUUGAUCAGCUUCGAAGUCUUGCUGAAAUGGACAUUAAUUUCAAGGUUCUUGAGGUAAUUUAA